AUGAAGGAGAGGCUGUCUAACGAUCAGACGUGGUGUACGCCAAUACCGCACGACAGGAAGGUGUCGACGGUGCGGGAUUUUUAUCAGGCGUUCCACGAUGCGAGCACGUUGCCGAUACGGACCUGCAUGAUGUGCUACCGCAAGCGGCGGCCGCUCACCAUUUUCAUGCCGGAGCUGCUUUCCGAAGGCGAGCCCGUGUCGGUGUGUGUGGAGUGUGCCCGAUGCCUGGCGCGCGGGAGUCUGUCGCCGGCGGUCCAUCUUCACACUCGCCUUGGCUGUGAGCACAUGUUCCCUGACGAGCUCAAGGGACUCACGCUGGUCGAAGAGAAGCUCGUCUCGCUCAACUCCUGCUAUGGGCACGUCAAGGGCCACAUCACAGUGUUUCCCAACAACGUGCAGGAGCUGGCGACCAGGUGCUCCCGCACCCCUUUGCAAGCACUGGACGAGAUCCACGUUUCGUGGCAGGGCGUGGAGAAGCCGGCACCGAGCGACCUGUCGAGUCUCUUGUCGGUGAGGCGGCGGGUCGUCGAGAGGGCUCUUGUUUGGCUGAAGAGGAGCAACCCCACUACGCCGAGAUCGAGAUCGACGUGGCGGAGAUGGAGAGUUGGGAGACCCGAUAGACGGGGUGCCGGCCUGGUGUAUGAUCGCAUGGAGCGGAACGAGCCGUCCGCAUGGGAGAAAACGCGGACGGCGCACGUUGUGCCGCCCACGGAGCGCGCCAUGGACGACGAGGGGUCGGUGGAGAUCGAGGAACUCUUCGCUCUGCUCAACCAAAGGCAGGAAACGGGAGGCGAGGCUGAAGGGCACGGGCCCAACGAAGAAGGCGCGGGUCGUGAUGGAGUUGGUGCUAGCCCCGAUCAGAACGUUCGACCAAUCAACGAGGUGACGUCUUCCGGCAUGUUCGGGCUGGACGGACCGCCAGACGUGGCGGAUGUCGAGAAGCUGCGCAUGCUGAGUGUGGCGAGGAAGGACUUCGGCAAGGUCGAGCGCGUUGCCCGCUCGAUGACCGCGCAAAGGUUAGCGGCGGCGAGGGUCGAGUUGGAGAGCUCGGGCAAGACGACCGAUGAGGGCGUGAAGGAGCUUCUCAGAGCCUCUCGCUGUACGGCCACCGGCAACCCAUGUCGAGAGGUUCGGCUCAAUAUGCGGCGGAAAAUCCAGUCGCUCAUCGUUGGCUACGGCGUUCCGGCCAUCUGGUUCACCAUCAACCCAAACGACAUUACGAACCCGGUGAAGCUGCGACUGGCGGCAUAUCGGACACGCGAUCCCGGCGCGGCCGAGGAGUUCCUAGAAGGCCUUGGGAGUGCGUACAAGCAGACAAGGCUGGCCAUGUCCGAUCCGAUGAGCGCCGCCGUAUUCUUCCACCGGGAGAUGAAGCUGUUCUUCGAUCAUUACGUGAAGGUCGGAGAAGAGUCGGUAUUCGGGCGCAUCGGCAAGUACUAUGGCGCUGUGGAGACCAACGAACGAGGGCGCUUCAUGUUCACGGCUUGCUCUGGUUGCACGGAAACGCGCAUCUCAGCUCGAUGCUUGCCGACAUCCACGGGGAGGAUCAGGCGGCGUAUCGCGAGCGAAUCAUACGAUACGUCGAUAGUGUCUUCUCCGAGGAUCUGGAUCAGGAAGGGUUCUGCGCCGUGCAAGCGGAGCGAUCUGUGA